AUGACAGAGGAGUGGGGACAAGCGUCUUUUGCUGCCAGAAGGCACUAUGAAGACUCAACAAGGGGAUCUAUCUUCACGUAUACAAAUGCGAACAAUACUAGAGAUCCUUUUGAGGGUCCCAAUUACCACAUCGCUCCACGAUGGGUGUACAACCUGUCCACAUGUUGGAUGUUGAUGGUGGUGGUCGUCUCAUCUUUCACCAAUGGCCUCGUCAUAGUGGCCACAGCAAAGUUUAAGAAACUCCGCCAUCCUCUGAACUGGAUCUUGGUCAAUCUUGCAGUUGCAGAUCUUGGAGAGACACUUAUUGCCAGCACCAUCAGUGUAUGCAACCAGUUUUUUGGUUACUUCAUUCUUGGACACCCAAUGUGCAAGCUUGAGGGCUUCACGGUCGCAACUUGUGGUAUUGUAGGUCUCUGGUCUUUGACUGUCAUCUCCUGGGAAAGAUGGUUUGUUGUGUGUAAACCUUUUGGAAAUAUCAAGUUUGAUGCCAAAUUGGCCACAAUUGGAAUCAUUUUUACCUGGGUGUGGUCAGCAGGGUGGUGUGCUCCCCCACUCUUUGGAUGGAGCAGGUACUGGCCCCAUGGACUGAAGACUUCCUGUGGACCUGAUGUAUUCAGUGGAAGAGAUGACCUUGGGACCCAGUCCUUCAUGAUUGCACUUAUGAUCACAUGUUGUUUUAUUCCCCUGGGGAUCAUCAUUGUGUGUUACCUUGCUGUCUGGAUGGCUAUCCGUGCUGUUGCCAUGCAGCAGAAGGAAUCAGAGUCAACCCAGAAAGCUGAGAAAGAAGUAUCCAGGAUGGUGGUUGUCAUGAUCUUUGCGUACUGUUUCUGCUGGGGACCUUACACCUACAUGGCUUGCUAUGCUGCAGCUUACCCUGGUUAUGCUUUCCAUCCUCUGGCUGCAUCCAUGCCUGCAUAUUUCGCCAAGAGCGCCACCAUCUACAACCCAGUUAUCUAUGUCUUCAUGAACCGGCAGUUCCGUGAAUGCAUCAUGAAGCUUUUUGGCAAAGAAGUGGAUGAAAGCUCUGAAGUCUCAUCAUCAUCAAAGACAGAGGUUUCCUCUGUGGCUCCUGCAUAA